AUGGCAAAAAAGAAAGCCAUUGGCGACAAUCUUAAGGCUGGAAGAGAAGAAAAUAUUAGAAGCGCAGGUUAUAAUGGAAGAAAGAAGAAUGAAUUGGGCAAUAAUUUGCUUGAGAUAGUCAGAGUUAACUCGAUAAUAAGCUUUUCUCUGAUCCAAGAGAAAGCCGAUUCAGGAAUGACCAGUGGGAUUAACAUGGCGGAUAACCAGCUUUGUGGGUUUACCAUUUUCAGUAAGAAAACAACCACAGAUGAACCCAGUUUGGUACGGGGAUACAAUGGAUCUAGUGGCUCUGAUUAUGCGGGUUUUAAGAAGGCCAGGGAAAUCCUCAGCAUCAGCAUUGAUCUAGGGCUUCUUCUUGGAGACCGAGAAACUCCUUCUCGUAUGUUGUCACCAAAAGAUGUGGCUGCCAGUGAGGAACGUCUGGUAUCUGAGAGUCCGAGGAAAACACUCUAUUCUCCUGCCGGUGUUUGUCAGCACAGAGGACAAGGAUUUGCACGCUCUCCAGGUGUACCUGUUGUAACUGCCUUUGAAUGGCGGUUAAUUAAAAAAAAGUUAGGCUGGUUGAUGCCUGAACUCGUGGAUCAACGUGUUGCGUUAGAGGUAUCUGGGACUGUUAUUAGGAUAGUAUCAAUAAUGGGAAAAGUUGAUACUGUGAGAGUGUUAUUCUUUAGAGACAAAAGAAUAUUGUUUAUAUCUUUUACUAUUAAAAUUCCAGUAAUGCAAAUCCCUGUUGUGUAA